AGUACAUUUGAGUAGAAAGCGCGCGAACCGGCAACAUGGAUGUUUCCAUGGCAGACCAGGCUCUUGCUCGCUAUAAAUGCGACUCCAACACAGCUGUACGUUUCAAGCUCGUUCAAUGUGAGAAUGAUGUAUUUGACAAGGGCAAAGAAUUCCAUCCAACAUUUUCACACCAGUACUUCGGUGACAAUGAAACCAUAUUUGGUUACAGCAACUUGGAAGUGCAGUUGUACUAUCAUGCUGGAAGUCUUCUUGCUUACAUAGGCAUGAAACAUGAUGGACAGGUUAAUAGCAAGGGAUUAGAGCCUGAUCCUGUUAUGAGUAUUGUUGCAGAGAGAUACCCAGCUGGAUUUCUGACAAAUUUGGAUCAGUUUAUUGCAAAACUUCCUGGUGAAGGGAAAUUCAGACCAAUGGGGGAACUGCUGCAUUCAUACAAGCAAAACAAUGCUGAAUAUGAGAUGUAUCAGGCUGAUAUAACUACUCCAAGACUCAGGGAUUACCAUGAAAGACUCCAGACAUUCUUGCUAUGGUUCAUUGAUGCAUCAUCAUAUAUAGAUACUGAUGAUGAAAGAUGGCACUUUUUCAUUCUAUUUGAGAAAAGGAAAGAAGCUGGAGAGACACUUUAUAGUUUGGUUGGAUACAUGACAGUGUACCAGUAUUAUGCAUAUCCAGAUAAGAUUAGACCUCGCAUUAGUCAAAUGUUGAUUCUUCCUCCAUUUAAAAGACAAGGCCAUGGAGCUCAGAUGCUUCAGACAGUUGACAGAUUUUACAUCAAGGACCCACAAGUCUUGGACAUUACAGUUGAGGAUCCUUCCUUUGACUUCCUGAGAUUGCGAGACUAUGUAGAUGCCUUAGCUUGUAUUAAUCUGUCAGCAUUUUCACAAGAGAACCUGCGCAAUGGAUUUAGUGGUGAAAUGGUGAAAGAGGCUCGGGAAAAACUGAAAAUCAACAAGAUUCAAUGCAGAAGAGUUUAUGAGAUUCUCCGUCUUCGGGUUACGGAUCUUAGCAAUGCAGAGGAUUACAAGUCUUACCGGCUGGAAGUGAAAAAGAGGCUCAAUGUUCCUUUUCAGAAAGAAAAAGCUGAUAUGGAAAAGCUGAAGCUAAUCUUGAAGCCUGAAGAACUGACUGCAACUGUCAACAUGCAGACACCACAAGAACGAAUGCAGCACCUUGAGCAGUUAUACCAAGAGCUGGAAUCACACUAUAAGAAAACCCUUGAAAGAAUUGCUGCUUCUUAAACCUCACAUCACCCAGCCACUUGCUAAACAAUUGCAAAAAAGGAAAUACAUAGUUCUGUAACAAAUUACCAUUGCUUUAGUUUGAAAUUCAAAUGAGGGCAGGGUUGGUUCAGUUAGUUGGAAACUAUCUGUUAAAUGUUGUAAGUGCAACUGAAAGUUAAAUUUGAAGACAUGGCCACUCACAA